AUGGUCCAGCAAAUGCAGAAAUGUUCGUACAUGACGUCUGAUCGGGACGACGAUACUACAGGCGGCUUGGAUAGACUCAACAGUGUACUGGUACAUUCACCACAUGGCGGCAAUACAGUCAAAAACUGCGGUUUUAGAUACAUCACUUUGAAAUCUCGCGCGCUUGAUCAGCUGAUUAAUUGGCUCGACUUCAUUCGCGCGCGCCAACGCUCCUUUCCCUCUCCCCACUCACUCGCACCACUCGCACCACUUGACACGACUCGGACUCGGCACGGAUCGCACCACGCCACAGCUCGACGUCACAUGCUUUCACAUCGCUCGCAUGCGCCAUUCAAUCAGCAAGAUGCAACUCGAUUUCUCUCAACUACAGCUCGACGUGUCACCUCAACCCGACUGA